GGAACAUCUCCACAUUGAAACCUCAGCCUUGCUAGACAGUUGCUGAGCUUGCUCCACAAGAAUCUUGCUCAACUUUUGUUGGGAGAGCUUCAGAUGGCCUGCCAUCAUGUCCAACAAACAAAGAUCUUUCUUCGAUCAGGUACCUAAACCGGCUGCUAACCGUCGAUGGCAGCGUCAUACCAGUACAGGAAACCUUCCUUCACAUUCCAAUGCCGUCCCUUCUUUGAAGCACUCGACAACUGCCCCGCCUAUUUCAGCUUCUACUCAAUCGCGUUCAAAAUUGAAAGCAUUCAUGUUUGAAGAUAGCCAUGGAUCAGUGACAAAGCCAAACGCCGCACACCAAUUUGAAGUCCAGGACAAGGAGAAUUUGCAUUCUUGGAACCCGGAUGGCCAUGUCGAAGACUCAACUCACGUCCAAUCUGUUCCAGUGGAGGGCCCGAAAACCGGCAAAGAAUGUCCGCAGACUCCUGGUCCUCGACUGCUCUUGGCGGGUCUUCUAGGAAACAACGAGGAUGCUACACUGAGUUCUUCACAAGCCAAAGAUUCUACACCCCACGAGCGCGUUUACUGGGAUCAUUCACGGCGGUCCCCCAAAAGUUCGAACCUGGGCAGCUCCUUCGAUACCCCACUCCCGAAAAUCCGCGAAGAAGGGAGGACGCGAACACCCUCCCCCAUCUCCUCUUCUCGUCCUGACAAAAAGAUUAAAGCCGCGAAUAGAAGGGAAUCGCUAGACUUACAGACACUACAAGACUCGUUGAAGACGCCUCAAGCCGACCCUGCUACCGAACUGUGGAAUCGCUAUACGGUCAAAACUGGAAUGAAGAACUCGCCAAGUGCUUCUCCGGUUCCUCCAUUUGCACACCUUAUUGAAGCUUCUUCGCCGCACUGUGGAUCUGCUUUGCCUAGGGGUCUCUUGAGAAGAUCACUCAGCUGUCAUAACGAAUGGCCGACGUCAGCCUCCAAGCGCAGGCGAAUCAAGGGCCCGCAAGAAGAGAAAGACAAUAACGAUGUUUUUGCUUCUGGCAGCCCGGGAAAGGAGCGGUCGAAGCUAUCAAGGGUCAGCAUGCUCAUGGAUCGCAUCCAAGAGAGCUUUACAAAAGAGGGUAUGACGGGAGAUCCUGCUGAGCCGUCUAGCUCUUCGCCACUACCAGACAGAAGUGAUUCUCUUUUUGUGCCUCCGCCCUCGCCCCUUCAGCGAAGGGCUCAAACAACCGGAGCAGACUCAUCCAAAAGCGCGGCUGCCCUGUAUCAACGCGAAGAGAUAGCAAUGAAGUCACUUGCCAGGGACGAGACUGAGAUGAAUCCCAACAGAUAUGCAAAGCACCAUCCAAAGGCUCUGGCAUCUGACGCCGGUGGGGAAGCUAUUAAUGAAAACAACGCGAAUGUCAAUGUUUCAGUGAUGUCGGCUGCGCAGUCAGCUCCCAAUGAAGAUUAUGGCGAGGAUAUCAUGGAGGCUCUUGUCGAGUCUGAUGAUUUUGGAAGUGAUGAAGACGACCUCUUCACAGCAGAUUUGGAGCAUAUGGCAGCUCGAUAUGACCAAUCUGAGGAAUUUCUGAGCGAUCCGCCAGUCCAUACACUUGAUACCCUUCCACAACCAGCGACGGAGACUGGCACCAACCCUGCCAAGUCAAUAUCACAAAAAGGCUCGACCCACGCCAUCAUUGAUCAUUCAUCAGAUGACGAAUUCGGCGAGGACGAUAUUGAAUUGGAACAGUUCGUGGCUGCAGAAGUUGCUGCAACCCAAGCAAGCAGACCGUCUUCGAAUCAUCAAAACUUCGUAAGGCUCCAUGUACAUCCCCAAUUAUGAUCCGGUGCUAAAAAAUCUAAGAGUGAAACGGAGCCGUGUGCAAUCAAACGAUACCUUAUCACUAGUCUUGCUGAGAGCUCUUAUAACACUU